AUGUUUAAAAAUUUUAUGUAUGUUGAAUAUGGACCAGAAUUAUAGUGUCAUGAGAAACUGUAUUAGAAUGCUUUAAAAAAAUAGUAGAAAUAAAAGGAGAUUGAUUACUAAAAUUAAUUAUAAAUGUUAAUUUAGUAAGUUAAUGAAAUUGAAGAUGAGCCACCUUAAUAAAUGACAAAAGAUUUUUAUGAUUAUUCAAUGAAAUGGAAAAAUCUAGUUAAUCAAAAACGCUUUUAAGAGUAGUAUUAAUAUGAAAUGAGUCUUUAACAAAAAUCGUAACAUUAAAUACAAAAGUUACCAUAAAAUUAUCUAUCACCUAUUGAUGGUUGGAAAUAUCAUGCUUAAUAAUAUUUUGAUAAAAAAGGAAGUAGAUAAUAAAAUGAAACAAGUUUCUAACCAAGUAUAAAUGAAAAGUCUAAGAUGAUGGAAUUUGAUGAACCUGUUGAAGAUAGAUUAAUUAAAUAUGGUUAAUAAAGAGAAUAGAAAUAUUUAUUUGAAAAAUAAUUUGAAAAGUUUUAUGAAUAAGUCCAAAAUGAUCAAAGACCUACUAAACCGAAUGAAGAAGUCUUUUCAAGAUUAUAUAAUUAUGGUACAUAUAAUGUCAUUAGUAAGAACGUAAAUUACCACAACCUGAAGUAUAUUAAUUGAAUAUCAACAAGUUGCCUCCUGAAUUUGAAGAAAGAGUUAAAAAGCGUAGAGAAUAGUAUUCACUUUUUGAAAAUAAAUAAAAUAGAGCUCAAACUGAAAUCACUGAUCAAGAAAUCAAAGUAUUAUCAUAAAAUUAGUUUGAUGAAUUUCUUAAACGCAAUUUUUGUAAUCAUUAUAGAACUUAAUCUUUUAAAGAAGAAUCAAUUGAAUCAUAUCCAUUCUAACCUGAAUUAAAUAAAAAAUCAUUAGAAUUAGCAUCCAAAAAUAAUGACACUUUGAUUGAAAGGUAAGAAAAGUUUUUAAUUAAAAAGUAAUAGACUUUAUAAUAAUAUUAAGAAGAAUAAUAACUUGAAAAAUAAAGAUAAUUUGAAAAUGAAUUUAAAUAAGUUAAUAAACCUAGUUCAAAGAUAAGAGUCAAUAAACCUAGUAAAUCACCAAUUCGUUAAUAAAAUGCAUAUAAUUUAUAAACAUUAGUCAACAAAUAAAUUCCAUAAUUAUUUUGA